AAUGUCUUUUAUUUUGAAUCCGCGGCUGGGUUCCUGGUUUGGUCACGUGGUCUCUGAAGAUGGCCGCUCCCUGGCAGCAGCAGGUGGAGGAGGUGGAGGAGGUGUAGCGUCAGUUGCCAGUUGAGGAGCUGCAGGUCGCCGCUGACAGACAGACUGUGGACACAGAGGACUCCUGCUCAGCCUGCCGACAUGAGUAAGGACGGUUUGAUCCUCCCCAAGGACUUCCCUCAGCUCCUAAACGAUACGUUCCUGCGAGCUGCACGAGGAGAAGAAACCGAACAUGUCCCUGUGUGGUGCAUGAGACAAGCUGGAAGAUACUUACCAGAGUUUCGCGAGACGAGAGCAGGGAAGGACUUCUUUGAGACAUGUCGCUCACCAGAGACCUGCUGUGAGCUCACGCUGCAGCCUCUGAGACGUUUUGCCUUCGAUGCUGCCAUCAUCUUCUCUGACAUCCUGGUCGUCCCACAGGCCAUGGGUAUGGACGUUCAGAUGGUGCCAGGUAAAGGUCCUACAUUCCCGGAGCCCCUGAAGGAGCCAGAAGACCUGCAGCGUCUGCAGACCAAAGUGGACGUGGGCAAAGAGCUGGGCUACGUCUUCAAAGCUAUCACGCUGACCAGACACAAGAUAGAGGGCAAAGUGCCGCUCAUAGGAUUCACCGGAGCUCCGUGGACGCUGAUGUCCUACAUGAUAGAAGGCGGAGGAUCCAACACCCACUCUAAGGCGAAGCGUUGGCUGUAUCGACACCCUGAGUCCAGUCACAUGCUGCUGAGGAUGCUGACAGACGUGAUAGUGGAGUAUCUGCUGGGACAGGUGGCAGCUGGAGCUCAGGCUCUGCAGGUGUUCGAGUCCCACGCCGGCAUUCUGGGUCCGGUCGAGUUCAAAGAGUUCUCUCUGCCUUACCUGCGAGACAUCACUCACCGUGUCAAAGAUAAACUCAAGGAGGCGGGACAGGACGUUCCCAUGAUUGUGUUUGCAAAGGAUGCUCACUACGGCGUAGAGGAUCUGUCUCAGUCUAAUUAUGAGGUAGUCGGACUGGACUGGACCAUUGACCCGCGAUCAGCACGGGAGCGCACAGGAGGGAAGGUCAGCCUGCAGGGAAACAUGGACCCUUGUGCUCUCUACGCUCCAAAGGAACAAAUUUCAGACAUCGUGAAGAGGAUGUUGGAAGGUUUCGGCACGAGGGGCUACAUUGCCAACCUUGGCCACGGCCUUUACCCCGACAUGGACCCGGAGAACGUGGGUGCCUUCGUUGAAGCCGUGCACCAACACUCUAAACAGAUGAUCAAACAAAUGUAAAGACUGAUUCGUCUGUGUAAGCCAAAUAUGCUGAUGAUAGUGGGGGGAAUAAAGUAGAGAGCACAAUAAUGCAUUACUUUGUUACAAAGCAGCAGAGAGUACAUUCCCACAUUUUAGAAGAGCAUUUACUCACAUUCAAUUCAAUUUGUCAGAUACAAUCAUAAUUCAAGCUAGAUUUUUAUGAUAAAUAAGAUAUUAAUUUUCUCAGAUAUAUAUUUUAUGUUCAUCUGUAAUAACUUGAUCUGAUCAGGAGUAGAUUACGUGUUGCCAAUGGAUGAGUGACAUCAAUUUAGUAAGUAGAUGUACAUUACAGAUGCAUUUCCAGUUCUAAGGGAUUUGUUUUAAUACUGCAUCCAAUCAGCAAACAGCUUUGACUGAAAAAUAUGUCUUUUAGUUAUUUGUCAUACAGUCAAACUCACUGUUAUGUCACUAGAUAGAGACAACCAUUUAUAACUCCUUAAGCUGUAAACAUCUUCAAUCAAAAGAGAACUUGUCAUCGGUCCUGUUUAUUGAAGGCUGUGACAUCAAAAUCUGGUGUUUGAGCUUCAGGCACUGGAUUUUAACCCUCUGGGGUCUGAGCAAUCACCCACAAUAGGGCAUGCAGCAGCUGAUAAUUCUCCCACCUGACAUCUUCAGUGAGCAAAAUUCCCCCCUCUGGAUCUCGGCAUGAAGAGUUUUAUUUUUACUCCAGCGGAUAGAACAUAAAGAAGAUGCCUUAUGCUGUUUUUGUCUUUGUCCUUGACCCUAAAUAUCUUUUUUUAUCCACUCAGAGAGACUUGUAGAAGUGAUUUAUGAAGUGAAUUGCCUUGUAAGCAUAUCAAAAGAGAAUAUACAAACUCAUAAAUGUAUCUUAGUAUUUUUUUUCUGUCUAGAAAAAUAAAGAUUGGUUUAAUUUUAACGAGA